CAAUUGUGUCAAUUUUUAAGUUUGUUUUUGUGUAAAAGAAUGGGAGAAAAUUUGUGGUGUCUGAGAAUUCUAUGGAUUUGUGUAUUGUGUUCUCAACUCUUGUCAGUGCCUCUGAAUUUUAAGUGUAUUAAAUAAAACUUUUAUUGCCUCAGACAAAACAAGUGCAACACCAAGAGAGGCUCUUAAGCAAAAAGGUAAAAUUCAUGUUGUGGAGGAAGGGAAAUUUGAGAUACCAUCCUUGAAGAAAGUGACAAGAAUAUCAAAGGAAAGGGAUGAGGAACAGGACAUUGUUACACUAAAAAAGGUGUCAAAGGUCUCCUCUCAAGAAUUUCAAACAGAACCAGAUUUGGCUCUUGGGAAAGAUACAAGGGCAGCAAGAAUGUCUGAGACAAAAGAAAUGAUUUGUGAUGAAGCUGCAACGGAGUUCAUAGCAACCAAAAGCUAUGAAGUUGAGGAAGAGAUUCAGACAUUUAAGAUGAUCAAAAGAGAAGAAAUAAAGCAGAAAGCUGAAGACGAUAUAGCCAUUGAUCAGGUACAGUUGAAAAAGCCUUGGGAAAUUCCUGGAAAGGAUGCUGCUGAGAAACCAAAGUUAACUCUGAAGAAAAUCCACACUGAUGAAAAAGAAUUAGAAAAGGUUGGUAUAAAGAAAACUCCCAAGGUUCCUGAAGAGGAAGCACCCAAAGAAUCUACUUCAGCCCUGAAGAAAGUGUCAAAACUUAAAACAGAGGGGCAAGACAAAGAAACUGUGAAAUUGAAACCAUUUGAACGAACAGCCAAACCAGGGACUGUAGAAUCAGAAAAAGAGAUACAACCAGAUAAAACAAAGAAGGAACCCUUUACAUUCAAGAGAAGUGAUAAACAACAAAAAGAUGAAGCAAUAAAAGAGCCUGUUCCUGCAGGAAAAAAAGCAGAAAGAAUUCCCUCAGAUGAAGAAGAAGCGGUGAUCCUGAAGCCAUUUGAUAAAGGUCCUAAAGAUGAAAAAGCCAAGGAACCUGGGAAACCUUUGGCAAAAGUCAAAAGCAUUCCAACACAGGAUCAGGAAAAGGAAAAAGUAGAAUUGAAGCCAUUUAGAAAGGUGGAACCUGAGAAGAUUAAGAAGACAGAAUCACCCCUUGAAAAAGAAGGGAAGUCAGCUCCUCCUAAGGCAGUCCCUGUGAAGAAAAGAAUAGAAAGUCCAAAGCUGGAGGAAAAGCCAGUGCCACUUCAGAAGGUAAGACGCUCACCAAAAGAGCCUGUGGAAACAGACAAAGGAAUACCUCUGAAACCUGUGGAACUCACUAAAAAAGGCCUGGAACCAAAAAAGACUCCUUCACCAAAGGUUGAGAAACCACAGCCAAAAGUAGUUGAGUCAGUUCCUAUAGACAGGAAGCCCAGUGGUGACAUCACUAAAAAACUACCUCCAACGGUUUCCCAGAAAGAUUCCAUUGAAUCUGUUACAUUAAAAAAGGUUCCAAAGAAAGUAUCACCACCAGAGGAAACGAUUCCUCAAGAGGUUGCCCUGAAAAUUGGGAAAGGAAAGGUCCCAGGAAUAAAGGAACUGUCUCCUGGAUCUGUGCAACUAAGGAAAGUUCCAACACAGCUGGAGGAGGAAGUCUUUGAAGAACAACCUGAGGUUGAGGAGGAGGAAGAUGGGGAAACUUGGGGGUGGGAACUGGCUCCUCGUGAAAGUUAUGGUUCACCAGAAGAAUGCGAAGAUGCAGCCUCAGAAGAAGGGGCACUUGAGACUCCAGGAAUGAGGGGGGACAGACGAGGUGAGAGAGGGGCUUCCCAUCAUCACCACUGACUUCCUGUCCAGUGCUUCGGAAAAAUAUGUUUUACCCCAAAUAAUCCCCAUCGUGUCCAUUUUUAAUCUUUUUUCAAACCCAACAUUUUGUCUGUUCUCAUCUGUGUUGCCUGUUGUUGCAUGUGUACUGUUUUUAUGUUGUCAGUCAAAUGUAUUUUUUCCAUCCAUAAAGCUGAGUUUGUUUCACCAUUAUGUUGUCAUGGUAGGUCUAAUAGACUAUUCCAUUAACUGUGCAUGGUAUGC